UUCUUUAGCAGUGGGAGGAGGGGCUUAGCCAUGAAGGGGACUCUCAGCAAAGCGUCUUUUUGCAGUAGGAGGGCCCUUGGCCAUUGGUCCUUAGAGGUCCUUGGAAAUAAGAGGGGCUCUUGACACUGGGGGGUCCCAUAGAAGGAGGGGGGGGGGCACUUGGUAAUGGAUCCCUUGGAAAUGGGUGGGGAGAGGGCCUUGGCAGUGGGUCCCGUGACAAUGGAUGGGGUUCCGUGGUAGUAAGGGGAUUUCUUAGCAGUAGGGGAGAGUACUUGGUAAUAGAUCCUUUGGUGAACCAUUUGGGGAGGUCCCUUGGUGAUGAAGGAGGGCCCUUAGUAAUAGGGGGUCCUUUGGCAGAAGAGGGGUCCCUUGGAAAUGGUGGUGGGAAGGGUGUUAGGUGAGGGUUGAGUAUUAGGCAGUGGCUCCUUUUGCCAUAGGGGGGAGCCUUGAUCAUUGGUUCCUGGGCAACUGGGGGUUCCCUUGGAAAUAAGGGAGUCCCUGGGCAAAUGGAGGGCGUCUUAGCUGAAGGGAGAACACUUGGUAAUGCAUCUCUUGGUAAUGGGGAGUCUUUUGGCAGUGGGUGUCUUGGCAAUGGAAAGGAGUCCUUGGAAAUAGGAGUGCUGUUGGCAGUGGGUCCUACGGCAGUAAGCGUUGUCCCUUAGCAGUAGGGGGACCCUCGAUGAUGGAUCCUUUGGCAAUGAGGGGAGGCUCUUGGCAAGGGAGGGGGGCCCUUAGUAAUAAGUGGCCCUUAGCAGUAGUGGGGACACUUGGGAAUGGAUCCCUUGGCAACAGAGGAGCCCUUGGCAGUGAGUCUCUUGUCAAUGGAGGGGGGCCCUUGGAAACAGGAGAGCGUUUGGUCAUGGGCCACUUGGUCAUGGGGGUGUCCUUGGCAAUGGGUUCCUUGACAGUAGGGUGAAGGCUUGGUAAUGGGGCCAUUGGCAAAAGGGGGGGGCAUCCUGCAUCCCAUCUAUCAUGAGAACUUUUGCUGUCCCUGGAUGAAGCUGGUUCCCCAGCUCUGACAUUCUCCACAACCUCAUGCCUAAGAGAAUUGAGUCUGCCUCGCUUUGCUGUUUUUCUGCUUGCCUGCCCCAUUUUGAGGAAUGAGGAGUUCCACAGGCACUCCGAGUGCUGCCCCACAGAGCUGACGUGGAUGAAAAGGAGGAAAUGCUGCAAGCAAAACGAGCUGGCCCCUGGAUCCCGCUGUCUGUUACCCUCCUGGCUGCCACAGAUAUGCCAGAGGAGCAUAUCUUCUGCAGCAUGGGGUAUUGAUAAAACGGUGUUUUGCUGGUAAUUCUCACACCAGGAAGAAGCCCACCCUCUGGGGUGGCUUUGGUUUCCUUGCGUGUGUUCAACGUCGGUGCGAGUUGCUUUGUUUAUGUGACUUCUGCUGGCUGCUCAGCUUAAAGAGGAGAGGACUUCCUCCAGAUUUCCAUGAAGCGAUUUAAGAAAAUGCACCUUACGGCCGACGACUGCGAAGCUCUCAGUCGGAGCUCUGAAGGUUUGUCCUCCCUGACACAGCCCUUGAAUCAAAGGCGAAGCAGAGGAGAUGUCAACAGGGGCCUCCAACCCACCCAUAGAACAAGGAGGCAACCAAGAGCCCAAGGGCAGCAGAAGAACAUCAUGGAUUACUUCAAGAUCUCUCAGACACAGCAGGCAGUUGUUGGUAGGACAAAGAACAUAAGCAUCAAGGAGGAGAUACCAGAUCCUUUCUUCGCCGAAGAUGAUGAAAGCAGCAUCUCCAACGUGAUGGAGACAAGUGGUGAUUCCUCCUCACUUCCAGAGGAUGAGUACAUGGAAAACUCAAGAAAACGGCCUCUGUCUGCCACAGCUCCAGGCAGACUCGAGAUAGAGCGCGAUUUGUGGGGUGAGCCUGAGAACAAGGCAGUGGUGGUUCAUCCUGAGCCCAGUCAAAUCAAGGAAGAGCUCGACGAUGAAAUAGAGAUCGAGCCAGUCCCUGAUGCACACUACGGGCUCCUGGGGACUCGGAACUGGGAAGUACCACGGGGAAGCAUUGGAAACUUGCCUGAUGAAGUCCUGAGGAACGUCUUUGCUUUCCUACCAGUGACUGAUCUGUAUCAAAGCCUGAGCCUGGUGUGCCACCACUGGAGAGAUAUUGUCAGCGACCCAUUGUUCAUCCCUUGGAAAAAGCUGUACCAUAAAUACCUGAUGAAGGAAGACAUGGCUCUGCGCAGGGUUGAACAGGUCUUGCAGGAUUUUGCCAUAACAGAUCAACGUAAAGAAUGUAUCUUGGGGCUCAUCAGGUGUGUCUCUGCCAUUCCCACCAGCAGGAGCAUAGAUCCCAGCGCAGUCCUCCGGUGUUUGAAGAGUCACCACCUCUUCUCAAAGGCUGAAGUCUGCAUCGCAAACAAACUGCCAGACUUACAGAGCACGGCAGGGCCUGAGAACAUGUGGGCCAUCAUCACAGCUAUGGUGCUUUUCUCUGAUGGUGUCCGUGACAUCCAAAGGCUGAUAGCAUGUCUGCAGGGACCCCGCUCUUCCCUCUCUGUGGUGGAUGUGACUGAGACACUUUACUGCAUUGCCACACUGCUGUACGCCAUGAGGGAGAAGAACAUUGCCAUCACUAACAGGAUCCAUUACAAUAUUUUCUACUGCUUGUAUCUGAUGGAAAAUGCUUCUGUGACUGCACCACGGGUGGUAGAAGAGGGAGCACCAUCUUCACACUGCAGGCAGGACUUCUGGUCCAGUAGUUUGUCUGAAGUGAAACUGACCCAUGAACAGCAAAGGAUUUUGAAUCACAAAAUCGAGCGUGGUCAAAUAGUGAAAAUUAUGGCAUUUGCAGGGACAGGAAAGACCUCAACGUUGGUGAAGUACGCGGAGAAGUUUGCUGACCUCAGUUUCCUCUAUGUGACUUUUAAUAAAGCUGUUGCAGAGAGGGGCAGCCUCGUCUUCCCCAGAAAUGUUACCUGCAAGACUUUUCACUCGUUAGCAUUCGGAAGCGUCGGCAAACACUAUAAAGAGAAAGGCAAACUGAACUUCUCGAAGCUCUCGGCGUACUCUGUGAGUUUUCUCAUCCAGAACCGUGAGGGACAAUCUGUCUUCAUAAGAGGGAAAACAGUCUCGCAGACCCUUGAAAACUUUUUUGCCUCUUCAGAUGAUGAGAUCUGCGAAGAACACACACCUAUUUGGUUCAAAAACACCCAUGGAGAGAGAAAACUUGUCAGACCAGAAGAAAAGAGAAUCAAUGUGGAAGAAGCGAAAGAGAUAUGGCGCAACAUGAAGAAGCUGGAUGGAGAUGUAGAGAGGAAAUACAAGAUCACUUGUGAUGGGUAUUUGAAACUCUGGCAGCUCAGUAAGCCUCAGCUUUCAGGAUAUGAUGCCAUUUUUGUUGAUGAAGCACAGGACUGUACUCCAGCCAUUGUGGAUAUUGUGCUGUCACAGACAUGUGGUGUAAUCCUCGUAGGAGACCCUCAUCAACAGAUCUACUCCUUCCGAGGUGCUGUCAAUACCCUCUACACGGUGCCUCAUACCCAUAUCUACUACCUGACCCAGAGUUUCAGAUUUGGUCCUGAAAUAGCUUACGUUGGAGCAACCAUUCUGGAUGUCUGCAAGGGCAUCAGGAAUAAGACAUUAGUGGGUGGAAACCAAGAGGGUGAUGUAAGAGGCAGCAUGGAAGGGAAGAUAACAAUGCUAUCACGAAGCAAUUUCACGGUGUUUGAGGACGCCGCGAAGCUUGCUGGAAGAGAGAGGCAGAUUAAAAUACACAUCAUUGGGGGGCUUGUGCGAUUUGGCCUGAGCAAAAUUCAUGAUAUUUGGAAGCUCAGUCAACCUGCAGAUGAACGGGAAAAAGCAAACCUUGUGAUAAAUGACUCCUUUAUCAAAAGAUGGGAAGAAAACGAGGGCUUCAUUGGUUUGAAGGAAUAUGCAACGCGUGUCGAUGACAAAGAGCUGGAAAUGAAGAUUAGGAUAGUGGAGAAAUUCAAAGAGCGGAUCCCUGAGUUGGUGCAGAAAAUCGAGAGGAGCCACGUGUUGCAAGAAGCUAUGGCAGAUUACCUAAUAGGCACCGUCCACCAAGCCAAAGGCCUGGAGUUUGACACAGUGCUGGUUGCAGACGACUUUGUGGACGUACCAUGUGCCAGUGGCAAUAACCAGAGAAGACCUCAAUUCAUUAUUGGCAUGUAUCCCGAGGAUGAAUGGAACCUGCUCUAUGUUGCGGUGACACGUGCGAAGAAAUGCUUGCUAAUGUCACAGUCCCUGGAGCAUCUUUUGGGAUGGGCAGGGGAGCAUUUCCUUCGAGUGGAGCUGAUGGGUGAGGCUGUGAAGAACGGGGUUGCUUGUUCUGCACAAGGGUGUACGCAGACGUUGCAAUCUGGCACCAGGCUGGUUGUGAAGAAGCUGCCUCUGAUUCAUAGCAAUGGCAGCAGGGAUAUGGGUGGCUACCUUUGCUAUUCCUGUGUGCAGAAGCGUUUUGGCACCAUGACACCCCUGGCCUUCCUCCCAGCACUUCAGGAACAGCCCAUUGUGCUCUAACAAAGCCUUCCAGCUCCCAGAGCAUUGCUUCACCCCAGAGCCGUGCUGAGUGCAGGAUGACAACUGUUGUCACAAAUAUCCAAAAUCAGGUCGGAUUCUUGGGACCAGCUUCAAGAGGAACCGUCCAGGUUGUCUAUAAGGAGUGGUGAGACCUUUUCUCAAGCCCUCCAGGAGCUGGUCAGCAUGGCCUGCAUCACUGCACAGAAGAGUAUGCACAAUACAAAGUCUAUUGGUCUGGACUGCUUUUUGAUUAUUUAUUUUUUUGAGCACUACUUAUCCAUUCUCUGGAUCUCCAGGAAAACACCUCCAGUGACAAAAAGCUGCUGGGGUUUCCCUGCUUUUUCUAUUACAUCAUGCCUCAGUGAAGUCCUCAUCCGGCGAAAGAGGAGCCUGAUGCUGAGAAGUGCCCAGAGAAACUUUUUAUUCCUGGAAAAUGGACUUUUUCCCAGUGCCUGUUUCAGUGGGGACAUUUUCACUGCCAGCACUGGAUCACUGAGGAAGAAGGAAGUCACAAUCUUUCCCAGCUGAAUUUAAGUCAUUUGCCUUACUUGCAGCCAAGAGGUUUCCUCAGGCUUAGUUUCUCUUCUCUCUGUGGCAAAACACUGAGGGAAGAGAGGCAGCAUUUGAAGAACUGCUUUGAUUUAAUUCCAGUCUAACACUGCUGAUCAGAAAGAAGCCAGGGAACAUUUUUAAUACAGAGAUAAAAUUUGUACCAAAAAGAAAUAAAAAGGCUUUAAUACUU